AUGACCAAAGCAAGCCGUGCUGCUGAUGCCGAGGAGGCGCCGCCCGCGCCGGCGUACUGCGUCCGUAUGACGCCCGAGGAGGCUGCUGCUGCUGCUCGUGAGGAGACGGCCAAGGCACUGGCUGAGCUUGCCAUUCUCCUCGACGCGCAAAAGGCUGGCACUCCCCUGCCACCGCCCAAGAAGAAGACCUUUGCCAUGCCACCGGCCAUGCCGAGCCCGGCAUCGCCCAUUACCACCGCCGCACGGGCCUCGCCUCUCAAGGCCACCACUCCGCUCAAGGCUACGGCUCCGCUGCCGCCGGCAUCGCCCAUCGCUCCCGAGCUCCCGGCCUCGCCGCAAUCGGACGCCACGGCUACGCCGGACAAGCCCAAGAAGCGCUUCUUCCGCAAGCUCUUCCGCGGCAAGAACAAGACGCCCAGUCGCGAGUCUGACGUGGAGCGCCUCCGCAAGCAGGUUGCCCAGCUUGAGGAGAAGAUCGAGGCCCUUGCCGGCUCCCGCGACCCGGGUGAUAUGUCUGAAGGCAGCAUUGAUCCAGGCGCAGACUCAGCUACCUCGAGCUCGUCGCGCCGCAGAUCGCGCUCGCGCUCGCGCAAGAAGCGCCGGUCGUCCAAGGCCAGCGGCUCGGCCCGUUCGCGCUCUAGCUCGCGCCGCCGCCGCCGCCGCGACUCAACGUCGACCACUGUGUCCGAAGUGGCCUCCGAGGCGAUUGCUCCCAUCGAUACAGCUGCGACGUGGGACAACGCUACGACCGCGUCGGCGGCUGCGCCCGCCAAGCCCUCGCUCCAGGACUAUGCAUUCCCGGAUGGCGGGUCGACGCCGGCCACGCCUCCACGGCAGCGGGCAUCGUCGUUCUCGUUCGCCGAGCUUGUGGCUCGCUCGCCGCAAACGCUGCGCAAGACAGGCGGAACGCCGGGCUCCAACCACAAGCGCACGCCGUCGCAGCUGGAGGAAGCGCUGCAGCGCCGUUUCCAGCACGUCUACCACUCCGACUCGGAGUCUGAUGACGAGACCGGAUCCGAUGAUCUCAACGACACCUUUGCCACUGACGUCAACGACUCGCUUGUCUUUAACCACGGCGACGCCAAGGACUCGGGCUCGAGCUCGGGCUCAGGCGUCCAGGAAAAGAUCUCAACCUUUGCCCAGAUGAUCGAGGAGAACACUCCGCCGAUGCCGCUCGAGAACGCCGACGACGGCCCGCUGAUGUCAUACGCGCAAAAGUCAGCGCCUGUCCAGCCGGCCAAGCCAUUUGCCAACCCGGUCAACGCAGGCUCGACCACCAUUCUCGGCACUCACAACUCGUAA